GCGUAGUCCGUGCAAUACACGUGUCCUGUCCACCCUCCCUCCUCGCGCCCACUGCGUAAGCGCACACACGCACUCACACUGGAGUACAGCGUUCAUCCCCCUCGUGAGCGUGGUAAGGACUAUCUCACCUACCUUCCGUCGGACUGCUGAGCGGAGCAGGUAGCUCAAGCUGAACGGUAGCUUACUCAGCAAACGGAUUCGGAUAUCUGAAUACCCGGUUCUCUGGCUACACUGGAAAAGGCUCGCGCUCAGGAUGACUUCCUUCGUGAAUUACGCAUGUCUUCUGUUGCCUGUUGCUUUUCUGCUAAUGUUUCCUCUCCCCAGUGCAGCGUUCUCCUCCAGGAAGUGUGGCUCCAUCUACAAGGGCUUCGCCCAGUGCCUGAUGACCCUGGGGGACAGCCUGUCAGAGAGCACACACAAAGACCACGACGCUCACGAGAUCCACUCCAUCUGCCGGUCUUGGGAUGAGUUCCACGACUGUGCUAACCUGGCGAUGGCGGGAUGCCCCGAGGAGGCGGCGUCCGUCUGGGAGUCGCUCCGCCAGGAGUCCAAGAAGAUGCAGUUCUCCGGAAACCUCUAUGACAUGUGCUCCAACCGCAACCAACCACAAGUCAAUGCUCAAGCCCCGCCCAACGGAGAAGACGCCAAUCAGGAGUCUCUCAGAGCCCGCGCCCACACGUCUGGCCAUGUCUUUUACCUGCUGCCCUGGCUCUUUCUGAUGCUGCUGUUACCAUGGAUAUAACCACGCUCAGACCCAGGGGAACCUGACAUGUACGAUCAAACGUUCUAAUGACACUCUAUUGACUUUCCGCUCACUUGUUUUAAUAAAUGUCUCUGUACAGUACUGUACCGACCAGGAGCUGCAUGUUUCAGCUGCAUGUUUAGAGCAGCAGCUUUGAAGUCUGCUAGGAACCUAUCUUUUUUUAUGUACGGUACCAACCACAACGCUCUCUCCCAUAUUUUUAUGCACUGUACAUAACACAUACACUCUCCCUGUUCCUCUCUUUGUCUUUGAGAGACUAUCUCAUUCCGUAUGCCUCUCGCCCUAUG